AUGGGCUUCUCCUAUACCUUGAUAUCCCUUUCCCAUCAAGACAAGAACAACAAGACCACACAGGCACCAGGUGCACCGUACCUCAACAGCACGCUGCAGGAUUGCGAGGUGGGGACGAUACAGGUCUAUCCUGCCAGGAAGGACACGUCUGUGACGUCUGGUAACUCCUGGACGUGGGGCGACACCAACGCUGCGGCCAACGUGUCUUGUGUCAUCCCUAGUCCUACCUCGCCAGUGACAGCCUCAUUCCAGGUUCAGUUUCAACAGUCCUCCGGCAUUGUCAGGAACUUCCUGAGUCUUGACAAUCGCACUGAUUCCAGCCAGUGGUGGGGAUCCAUACUAUUAGAUCGCACGUGGUAUUCGCUCGCAGAGUUUUUGGGCACAGAAUACGUACCAGGAAACGAUGAUCAGCCAGACAUACGAUACGACAGCGGGGAUUUCACUUUAUUCCACAACAGCACUAGCGCCUCAAAUGUCAGCUCCAAGGACUUCUUCUACGCGACCGGAAAGUUCUACGCCGAAGACUCCCUGAUCUACAUGGUAGUCAACGAGAAGAACUGGGACCCGAUUCCACUAUCCGAAAUGAACGACACAGGUCUUGCCUCCGCGAUAGAUGGCUUCGCAAAGGCCUUUUACUCGUCUAUUCUGCUUGACCUGGGCAGCGCCAGCCCGCUAACAGAUGGCAAUUCUAUUACGUAUUUGCUAUCCCAAAGGAACGUUUCCGUCCUUGGUGUGUCGAAUAAAAAAGCCGUGGAUACUUUCAAAGAUGAGAUGGCACCUUUGAAUUCAACCGCGGCGCAGCUAUCCCUACAGUAUGUGUGCUCCGUCCCGAAGCAAAAGGAAAGAUUUUCGAUGGUGGUAUCCAUUUUCAUCGCCGAUAUUGUGCUGUUAUCAGCAUUCUGGCAGUGUCUGAACUGGGCAGCCACGAAGUGGCUGAGUGCCCAGACUCCGAACUGGAACUACUGCCCGGGGUGUGAGAGGCACCCCGAAAGCUGGAAGUUCGUGUCAACUCCAAGGACAGAUGACGAAUCUGUGCAGCUUGUGCUGCCAAAACCAAGUGAUAAUAGGUCGGAUAACUGGUGA